AUGUGGAGGCUCAAGGUGUCCGAGGGUGGCGGCCCGUGGUUGCGAUCAGUGAACAACUUCCUCGGCAGGGCUGUGUGGGAGUUCGACCCCGACUACGGCACGCCGGCGGAGCGCGCCGAGGUCGAGAGGGUGCGCCGGGAGUUCACCCAGCGCCGCUUCGAGAAGAGGGAGUCGCAGGAUCUUCUUAUGCGCAUGCAGUAUGGAGAAAAAAAGCAUCUUCAGGUGGAUCUUCAAGCUCUCAAGCUUGUAGAUAGUGCACAAGUCACGGAACAGACUUUAUUAACAUCAUUGAGGCGAUCACUUUGUCAUCACUCUGCUUUGCAAGCACACGAUGGGCAUUGGGUUGGCGACUUUAGUGGAAUUAUGUUCAUUAUGCCUAUCCUGAUAUUUUCUCUACAUGUUACCGGAACACUAAAUAUUGUGCUAUCAAGAGAACAUCGACGUGAGAUUUGUCGUUAUAUUUACAACCACCAGAAUGAAGAUGGCGGUUGGGGAACACAAGUAUUGGGACAGAGCACCAUGUUUGGAUCCUGCUUAAACUAUGUUACCUUAAGGCUUCUUGAGGAGGUGGAUAAUGAUGCAUUGAUCAACGGGCGUGCUUGGAUUCUAUCACGUGGAAGUGCAACCGCUAUACCACAAUGGGGAAAGAUAUGGCUCUCGGUGGUUGGUUUAUAUGAAUGGCCAGGAAACAAUUCAAUCAUUCCCGAGUUAUGGCUUGUGCCACAUUUUCUUCCAAUUCAUCCAGGACGAUUCUGGUGCCUUACUCGGUUGGUUUAUAUGCCAAUGGCUUACCUUUAUGGAAAGAAGUUCGUUGGGCCAAUUACACCAAAGAUACUAGCAAUAAGAGAUGAGCUCUAUAGUGUACCAUACCGUGACAUUGAUUGGAACAAAGCACGUGAUACAUGUGCUAAGGAAGACCUUCGCUAUCCACGAUCAUUGUUGCAAAAUAUUAUUUGGACUUGUCUUAAUAAAUUUGUAGAACCAAUACUGAAUUGUUGGCCCAUUAACAAGUUAAGAGAUAUGGCGUUGAAGAACCUCAUGAAACAUAUACAUUAUGAAGAUGAAAGUACUAAAUACAUUGGUGCAUGUCCGAUAAACAAGGCACUAGAUAUGAUUUGUUGUUGGGUUGAGGAUCCAAAUUCAGAUGCACUGAAGUUGCAUAUUCCAAGGAUCUAUGAUUAUUUUUGGCUUGCAGAAGAUGGCAUGAAAGCACAGGUGUACGAUGGUUGUCCAAGCUGGGAGCUAGCUUUUAUUGUUCAAGCAUAUUGCUCAACUGGCCUUGCUAAUGAGUUUGGUCCAACACUACGAAAAUCCCACGAGUUCAUUAAAAAUUCACAGAUUCUAGAGAACCAUCCCGACAGCGAAUUUUUUUAUCGCCAUAGAUCAAAAGGUUCAUGGACACUCUCAACAAGGGAUAAUGGGUGGUCUGUAUCAGAUUGUACUGCGGAAGCACUUAAGGCAUUACUUAUGUUGUCAAAGAUCUCUCCUCAUCUUGUUGGGGAUCCCAUAAAAGGAGAAAGGUUGCAUGAUGCAGUGGAUUGCUUACUUUCUUUUAUGAAUAAAGAUGGCACAUUUUCAACUUAUGAGUGCAAGAGAACUACACCUUUACUAGAGGUUUUAAACCCUUCUGAAAAUUUUCUAAACAUUAUCGUCGAUUAUCCAUCUGUCGAAUGUACAUCAUCCGUUCUUCAGGCUCUAAUAUUGUUCAAAGAGCUUUACCCGGGGUACCGCAAGGAAGAGAUAGGAAAAUGUAUUAAAAAUGCCUCCAAGUUUAUUGAGGAUAAACAGCGAAAGGAUGGCUCAUGGUUUGGUACUUGGGGUAUAUGUUUCACUUAUGGAACAUUCUUUGCUGUACAAGGAUUAAUUGCUUCUGGAAGAACUUAUGAAAAUAGUUCUUCUAUAAGGAAAGCAUGCAAUUUUCUAUUGUCAAAGCAACUAAGCACAGGCGGAUGGGGAGAAACUUAUCUUUCCAGUGAAAAUGAGGCUUAUGUGGAAGCCAUUAGUCCUCAUGCGGUGAACACUGCUUGGGCAAUGUUGGCUUUGAUUUUUGCAGGGCAGGUUGAACGAGAUCCCACACCACUGUAUCAUGCUGCAAAAGAGGUUAUGAAUAUGCAACUAGAGACUGGAGAGUUUCCCCAGCAAGAACAUGUUGGAUGCUUCAACUGCUCCAUAUACUUCAAUUACGGCAACUAUUGCAACUUAUAUCCCAUUUGGGCUCUUGGAGAGUUUCGUUGUCGCCUACUUGCGUCAGAGAAAAUUGAGGGAAAUACUUCAAUCUCUUAG